GCCACACUCGUAAAUCAGACAAACAUAAUUGACGAAUUCUAAAAUAUGAUAGCAUGGAUUUUUUCAAUCAUCUGAUUUCAUUUCAAACGGUUGCAAUGAAAGCAUCAAUGAUAUUCGGCUUAGUGAUCUCCUUCCUCCUUCUUUUUGUAGAGUCCAAAUGUGGUGAAAUCUAUUUUACUAAUUGUGCUCAUGAUGAUUCAAUAUUUAAAAUCGAGAAUAUCGGAAGUCCUAAUUGUCCACAUCCACACGAAUGUGCAAUCGAACAAAACGUGACAAUGAAGAUUACCAUCAGAGGAAAGAAUAAACUCAACACAAGCAAAGUGCCAAAUAUGAAAAUGAGUGCAUGUAUCCAGCAAUAUGGAUUCAAUUGGGCUUCAAAAAUGGAGCCUCUGGAUCCUUGUUCACAAUGGAAAUGUAAUGAAAAAGAUUAUAAAACUAGAUCUUACACGGGCUACAUUACGAUUACUAUUGACGCACUAAGGAGACCCUCUAAAAUCAUACUGAAAGCAACGUAUCAAGAAAACGGUGUGAUGAAAACACCCCUUUGCAUAAUGUUUCCAGUGACUGUAGUUUAAGUUCUUCUAAUAGAUUUUAUAUUUGUAUUGUAAUAUUUAUAUUUACACCAGUCUAUAUGGUUAAAUUAAGCGUCAUGUUUGAUUUCAUUUGGAUCAAAUUAUUUCAUCUUAUGAAAUUAUAUACAAUUUUACUCAUUUAAAUGAUACUUGAUGAUACUUUCACCAAUGUAUACUUAUACGGGCUAGGUACUUUCAAAACGGGACAGCUGAUAAUGAGUAAUGGGAAGAAAGUUGCUGUUUAGGCCAGGAAGCGAGUACAAAAAAUUAAUGUCAAGCUUACAGUGGAGAUGUUACUACAGGGUGUCCCAACGGACAUGGAAAGUAAUUUCAUGGGCCAACUAAAAACUAUCUGGAAACGAUUUUCGAUUACACUGGGGCUGCUUCAUAGCUCCGUGGCACAACAAACAGGUUUUUUUCAAUAAAACAUCCUGUAUUUUCUAAGAUAUUCCAAACGAGAAGAUUGAUAUUACAUACUGCGGGGCUCUGACAUACAUUAUUGUUUGGCGAUUUCACCAUUUUAUAGAAAAAUGUCUAUAUGCAUAAAACUCCGCAGUCUUGGACGGUUUUUAUUGAAUUUUGGACAAUCUUACUUGUUUUAAGCCACAUUGCAAAAAGUAGUACAACCUACUUAUAAAGAGUAAGAUGAUGUGGUUUAUCUAAAAAAUCGAAUUGAAUAUCCUGUAUACUUUCACACCAUCGGAUUCAGAAAUUCACAAGUGUUUUGUUGAUAUAAGGAUUAUACUAAUUUAUCUUAACGUUUGUCUAGUUAUUGAUAAAAAUGCUGUAUAUUUUCCAUCACAUCGUUCAUGGAAAAAUAACUUGUUUCCUCAGUCUAUGCUUAGACCGCUGUUGCUAUUAUAAAGUACUUUUUCAGUUUUUCUCUACCUAAAAGUAGUUGCUUCCACUCAGUGGUCGAUGAAUCUUUUAAAUUAUGUUAAGUUUAAUCUUGUGUGAUUUAUGACGAAUACGCAAGUGUAUGUACGUUUUAUAAAAAGGCGUUAUUACUGAACGUUAUCUUUCAAUUAACGGCUCAGUCAAAUAUUUAUUUUGACUAACAUUGUGUUCCACUUCAGCAACUACUCACUUGAUUUUCUAGGUAUAAUUUACCGUCAUCUUAAAGAGGAAUUUUGAUGCAAUAAUAAUAAUAAUAAUAAUAAAGACGGUUAUUAUAAUUAAUUAUGUAUGAUGUGAUAAAACUUUUGUCGAUUUUUUAACCUUACCCAGGUAACCAUUCAAAUAAAAUACUACAUAUAGUAUAACUCACAUAUCACAACAAAGCUUAUGAAAAUACGAACCACAAUGAUGAAAUAUACAAGGCGCCUCGUUUAAAUAAUAUGAGAACUUCAUUUUGCGUUAUUUAACAUCUUGUAUCAUCAGUUCUUGUUGUACAAAAACAACAGGUUUGUAUUAAGUAUCUGGAAAAGAAGCUUUUUGUCGGUUUAUUUACGUUUUUAUUUUUAGGUGUUUUACAUAAUAGCCGUGCGGCGACUUAAGAAUAUGGACAAAAAAAAUAUUGAUUUUGCUCUGAAAACAGUUCCCGAAUAUCUUUUUUUGUUGUUCCAUAAAAAUACUUUCCAUUUUCGUUGGAACAUCAUGGUAUAUCAGCGUCCUAUAUUAACAUGUACAUAUAAAGUUCUUCUUUUGCUUAUCAGCGUAGGAAUAGCCAGAUUUAAAAUCUUCCAACUUGUAUAUUCUUAUAUCCAAAUGCAGUGUAAAUAAGUAUUUGCUACUUAGAAAAAUAUCCGCAUCAUUUAGAAAAAAUGUUUCAUGUAAGGUACUAUACAGGGUGCUUCCUAAUUGAAUGUCAGUACUUGAGGAAGUGAUUUUUCAGUCCAUUUUAACAAGGAAACCUCAUAUAAACGUACGUCUUAAAUGUCUUAUUUUUAAAGUUCUCAAAAAUCCGUUAUUAUUAGGAUCUGUAAAUACCACUUUACAUAUUUUAAUGAAAUUUGGCAUACAUGUACUAUGUAACAAUAGUACCAACCAAUGUACCACGCUUUCUCCGCCAGUGGUGUUCGUACAGAAUUUCACCUAUUUUAUAUAUAAAAUAAAAAUUGCAUCGAGCCGAAAAAAAUCAAUAGAUCAAAUCUGCUCUUAAAUCAAUACAGAUGUUAUUUUUUUUUUCAGAUAAAUCAGUAGCAUGGCAAUUUUGAAAACCUUACCACUUUAUAUCUUUCAAGUAAGUUAAAACGUUUAAGACAUACGUUCAAACUUAAUAAUAAUAAUAAAUGGUCAUUAUAAAUAACUUGAGGAUAAAAAAAAAUUUAAAGAUAAAAUGAUGAAAGGCGUAGUUCAGCCUAAGCUGCUUUUCAACUAAACCCACAAAAGAAUAACACUCAUACAAAAUAUAUACAUAUAUAUAUAUAUAAAAAAAAAGAUAAUAUGCAAUACAAAACAGAACAUAGGAGAGCAUGGCCAAUGCAGUUUUAUGACCAAUGCAGUUUUUAUGAGAGCACAAUUCAUGCAAAAAAGAACAAGGCGACUUAAAAAGAAACAUACUGGGACAUUAUCCUUUAAAACGUAGCGAGGUUUGCUUAUACUUUAGGCCCUUGGUCGUGCAGGAGAUCAGCUUUCAAUCUUUUUUUAAAAUUGCGGAGGCUCAGAUUCUUGAGAUCUACUGCCAAGCUGUUAUACAGUUUCGCAGCAUUGUAUGAAAAGCUGCGCUUAAACAGAGCUGUUGAAUGUUUAGGAAUAACCAAAAGAUGUUUAUUGCGAGUUACUUUAUUAUCAGGCAGUCUGGUAAGUUUAUUGUAUAGAUAAGUAGGUGUUCCACUAGUAACAAUCUUGUGUACUGAUGUGAGAAAAUGUAGUUUUCUUAUGUUAAUCAUGGUAAGCCGACCAGAAUCCAUAAGGCUCUCACUGAUGUAUUCAUACUUGCGGAUACCAUAUGCAAACCUGAUGCAAGAAUUUUGAAUUCGCUGAAUGCGUAGAAUAUCUGUUUGCAAAAGGGCAGGUCCAUAUAUGCAGUCACAGUAAGCCAGUUUAGACAAAAUCAAAGCUUCGCAUAGUUUGACCUUCAUGAAUUUUGAUAAUAUACUCCUGCUGGGAUAAAGUUGUCUUAACACGUUAUAGGAGACUUGGCACAAGUGACUUACAUGUUUUGUAUAUCUUAGAUCAGAGUCCAGCCAUAUGCCAAGAUUUUUGUUUUCACUGAUUAUUGGCAAAGAUACAUCAUUUAUAGUAACUGAAAACGUGCCUUGCAGAUUAGGUCUUUUAUUUUUAUUGGCAAAAAUCAUGACUUGUAAUUUCUUCAGAUUUAGCUGUAAAUUAUGUGCUAUAGAUAUGUUAUAUAGAGAUUUUAAAUCUUUAUUCAGUUCAAUCUGUGCAGUAACAGCUUUGGAUGCGGAGAACGAUAUAUACGUAUAUAAUGAUGUAACUGAGAAAAAUUAACAAAAUCACUUGUGUAUAAGCUGAAAAGGAGUGGACCCAAGACCGAACCUUGUGGAACACCGAAAACCUUAUUCAACGAGGAAGAGUAAUUAUCAUCUAUAACUGUACUCUGAGUGCGAUUUUUUAAGUAGCUCUCAAGAAGUAGAACCGGGUUAUAAGAAAAACCGAAGUAUAUCAAUUUUGUGAGAAGCGUGUCGUGGUCUAAGGUGUCGAAAGCUUUGCUGAAGUCGAGUAGCACAAGACAAGUGCAAUUACCUUGAUCAGUUGCUCUAAUAAGAUCAUCCGUAAUCUUCAUUAAAGCCGUGGAGGUGCUAUGAUGAGGACGAAAACCUGACUGGAAGCUAGUAAUAAUAUUAUUUUGAAUAGCAUAGGUAAGCAUUUGGUCUUUCAUGAUGAGUUCUAGGAGUUUUGAUAGGGUAGGCAGAAUACUAAUCGGUCUUAGGUCAGAGAGCUCAUCAGGCGAGUUACAUUUAGGUAUUGGCCUCACCAAAGCAUGCUUCCAUGCAAGAGGAAAUUUUCCAGAUGUGAUUGAGAAAUUUAAAAUAAACGUGAUAUACUCUAUCAAAUCAGAGGAAACUAAUAUUAACAUACGUAACGAAAUAUUAUCCGAGCCUACAGCAUUCCUUUUAAUUUUAUUAAGAAAUUUGAACACAGCGUGGGAACUAACUGUUGUGAAUCUAAAAGAAUCUUCAUGAGCUUGCAUUACGUGGGUAUCGUAUUUUCUAAGCAUAUCAAUUUGAAGUUGACUUUUAGCCAGAUUUGGGGCGCUAUUAGAAUAUGCGUUCACAGUGUUGCUAUUCUUUAACUUGGGUGGUAGUUCAGAUAACUUUUUUUCGCGCAGAAUCUCCAAAGAUCUAAGUGAGUUCCAUGUUGAUUUUUGAUUUCUUUUGGUGAGGGUAUAACUCAAAUAUGCAGCUUUCUCUCUUCUGAUCGCACCAGUAACAUAAUUCCUUAACUCCUUAUAGUAGUUGUAAGCCGCUGUACUUUUAAUACAUUUAUAUUUUUUAAAAGCUUUAUCUCUAAGUGACAUCAUUAUUUUUAAAUUAUAUGUACGCCAAGGAGCAGGCGGCUUACUAACCCUCACUUGACGAUAAGGUGCGUGGCGAUUAAAGAGAGUUUUAAGAUUUACUUCAAGAUGAUCCACCAUAGAGUCUACAUCUGGUAGUGUGUAGAUGAAGCUCCAAUUAACAGAAUGUAGAUCGUUAUAAAAUAAGUCUGCGUCAAACUUUGAAUAAUCGCGGUAUCUUAAAAACUUUUCAUAUCUACUCGCCUUAGGGAAAUUAAUUUUAAAAGUCAAAACACAAUGGUCUGAAAUACCGACAUCAAGUGUAUCGACAGAAGUGAAGUUAUCCGGAUCACCUACUAUGAGCAAAUCUAUCAAUGUACUCGUAGAUUUGGUUAUUCUAGUAGGAGAUUCAAUAAGCUGUGUCAAAUUAUAUGCCUCAAGGAAAUCAUACCACAGCUUGGUUUUACGAUCUAGAUUUAAAAUAUUUAUAUUUAGAUCACCAGUUAUAGCGAACAAAUCACUAUCUGGUAGAAAAAGAUCCACAGCUGACUCCAAUUCGCGAAGCAUGUCCACAACAUUAGCAGAAGGGGGGCUAUAGACAACACUAAAUAUGAAUGUUUUCCGAUUAAGUUUUAGUGAGAUCCAGAUCUGUUCCAAGGCAGGAGUUAUAUUAAUAUGGAUAAUUUUACUCUGGAAACAUUUUUUUGUAUAUACUGCAACGCCCCCACCUCUACCAAUUCGAUCUGCACGAAAAAGGGUGUAACCAUCAAUGUCAAUCAAUUUAGGGUCAAUUUGAUCAUGUAACCAAGUCUCACUCAAAGCUAUAAAAUCGAUGUCAUUAUCAUCAACAUAGCUACGCAGCAUCUCUAUAUUUGCAUCCAGAGAUCUAAUAUUGAGGUGAACCACAUUCAACAACGAUGGCAUUUUCCAAAUUACAAACAAAAAAUAAUAAGUAAACAAUAACAGGAAGCAAAAAUACCCUAAAAAGAUAAGAGAUAAAAAAUAAUGUAUAUUAUGUACUAUGAUGAAAACACAUACACAGCACCAGGAAAAUAAAAUCUAGAGUAAAUAUUUAGUCUAGUAAGCAAGAAAUAGAAAUUCUACAACUAUAAAAUUCCAACACAUUAAAAUAUUAUGAUGAAAAAUCGAGAAUAAAAGAAUAUCAAUUACGAAAUACAAUAACCUCGGUUUAAUUACUUUAAAACAUCCACCUAUAAAAAUAUUGACAAUAGUUGAUUGCAGUGACAUUAAUGAAAAACUGUUCAUUGAUUUCUCGCUCUUUUUGAAGGCGGGAUUAAUACUUAUUUUCCAGACGCUUCGACAUUGUGGAGACUAUCGCAGUAGCCGUAGUAGAUGAUUGUUUCGGUUCCACGGAUUUCUCUAAAGUUGCUUUUUUGUCAUGUGAAGGUGUCUCUUGCGUUUCUGCUGUAUUUGCCUCUUCUUCUUGUUCCGAAAUAUCUUCUUCCAGUUCUAAUUCCUCGGCACUAUAAGCAACACCAUUAACUAGAAGCUUAUUUUUAUGUAUUUUUGCUGACUGUUUCUGCCCCCUGGCUAUCUUCAAGUGUUUACGUAGAAUUUUUUGCAACUGAUGAUCCUCAGGUAUCAAAUCCGCCGCAAUGGCUAUAUUUGUGCCUUUAAGUUUAUAUGCGCUCUUUAUUAUUUUUUGUUUAACGAUGUUCCUAACUAAUUCUAACUUGACUGGCCUCGGUGUGUUACUGUAUGCUAUUCUAAUUCGAUAGAUGUUAUUAUUGUCUGACUCAGUGAUCGUAGCUGCAAGAUUUGAAUGCAAGAAUGCUAUUAUGUCCUUUAACAAAUCUUCGUUCUGUGUUUCCUCAAGUACGAAUAAUAUUAUGUUAUUCUUCAGAUCCUUUCUUCGAAGAACAACAACCUGUUGCUUCAAAUCGGCGUUUUCUGUUUCCAGGUCCUUUAUUCUAGAGUCUAUGUCGUCUAUCCUAUUCCUUUGGCUAGAGAUUCCUUUACCUCUUUAAGAUCACUUCUUAUUCUUGUAGGAUGUUAAGGAUCUGGUUAGUAAUUUCACCCUGAUCUUCCAUACUAUAUUCUCCAAGAAUCACAACAAAAGAUCACUCGAACUAGGUAUCGAAUCAAAAUAGUGCAUUAAAUUACAGAAGGAGCAUUUACUGCCCAAGGUCUUGAUGGUUUCAUGCAGAUAUGCUUCUUAAAAAGCGUAGUGUAAGAUCUUACUAUUUAGUUCGAUCUUGUGCCCUCGAUUUCGAAAGAUUAAUGUAGACACAGGUUAAACACAACCGAACCGUAUGAAGACUACGUUUUCUUCUUAAAACGCAGUCAUGAAUCACCCCAUAAAUAUUGAUAUUCAAUUAGGAAACAAGGAUGGGAAAUCCUAAGCUCAUGAGUAUCAACCAAUCCUUCAUCGUUUAAUUAGUUUUUAUAAAAAACAGACCAGUAUUAAAAAAUGUAUUCAUAAAUAACUU